GGAAAGAGUGAAACUCCCUCCUCAGCGGUUGGACAGCAGCCAGCAGUGUACAGGAGGCCGUCCUUCACGUGCUGCCUGCAGUAGCAGAGAGGGGGCGGGGCUGUUCAGCAGAGUCCACAGGACCAACCUGCAGCUGAUCUACAGCUCAUACCACUGAAACCCAGCCAGGCCAGGCCCCGCCCAGUCAUCCGGACACGCCCCCUCACAAGCAGACAUGUUCUUGAGAAACUGAGCAGGUUGCAGCAGUGAAAAAGGAAAGCGAUAUGAAGCGUUCGGGAAUACAACUCACUACAAAGAUCCAGGGAUUCCUCUCGCACAGCUCAACAGCUCUCUGAUUGGCUGAGAGUGAGCCAGUCUGGACCUGCCCACUUCCCCUACUCCAGCGGUGGCAGUACUGCUUUUUUUCCUCUCUCUGUUUUUGGCCCAACCACAAGGGUGUGUGAGCCUGCCUUGGCCUGAACAGAAGUCUUUUAUUUACUGCUUUCCCAGGCUGUCCGGAGCAAACUGGUAUGCUGCGGAAAAAGCCAGAGAUAGGACCCCAGCCAGAGGCCUGGCAGUCUUCACCCACACAGGAGGAGGAGGAGGAGAAGAGAGCUGUGUAGAGAGGAAAGAGUGACAUUACAGGCUCCUAGAGUCAGUCAACUACACCACUGCACAACACUCUGAGGGGCUCUGAGAAGGUGCUUAGAGGGGCUGCAACACUGAAUUAAACUUACCCUUACCCUGCUGAAUACUCCAGCUGAAGACCAGCUGUAGCUGCUUUCAGAUGGCCUAAGCUGGCUUCAGUGGUCAAACUGCUUGAAAAGCCAGUGUUCCAGACGAAAACAUAGCCUAUGCUGGGCAGCUAGACAUGCUAACUCUCACUGCUGUGAGGCUCCGAUAUGGAGCACUAAAAUGCUGGGACAGUCAGCGCACCAUAGCAACCAUCAUCUCAGGCAACAAGAUAUCACAACAGGUGAGGGAGCAGCUGAAGAAGAAUGUUGCUGAGAUGAAGAGUCAACUGCCUGGCUUUAGACCAGGCCUAGUGGUGCUACAAGUUGGAGACAGAGACGACUCCAACCUCUAUAUUCGUAUGAAGCUGAGGGCAGCAGCUGAGAUUGGAAUUAAUGCCAGCCACAUCAGGCUUCCAAAGACUGCCACAGAAGAUGAAGUACUACAAACUAUAGAACAGGUAAAUGAAGACCCAGCUGUCCAUGGUCUCAUCAUCCAGUUGCCACUGGACUCAGUCAACCCCAUUGAUGCAGAUAAAAUGACCAAUGCUGUGACUCCAGAGAAGGAUGUCGAUGGUCUGAGCAGUAUAAAUGCAGGGAAGCUGGCUCGUGGAGAUCUGAGGAGUUGCUUCAUCCCCUGUACUCCUAAUGGCUGCAUGGAGCUCAUUAAGCAGACAGGUCUGCAAGUGGCCGGCAAGAUUGUGGUUGUCGUUGGGCGCAGUAAGAUUGUUGGAGCUCCUAUGCAUGAUCUCUUCUUGUGGAACCAUGCAACUGUGACCAGCUGUCACUCCAAGACAUCAGACCUUGCUGAACAAGUGAAGAGGGCCGAUAUCUUGGUGGUGGGCGCUGGAAAGGCAGAGCUGGUGAAAGGUGAUUGGGUGAAGGAGGGUGCAGUGGUCAUUGACUGUGGCAUCAAUUACAUCCAAGACAGCAGCAAGCCAGGGGGGACACGCGUCGUUGGGGACGUACAUUACCCUUCAGCUAAAGAGCGGGCCGGAUACAUCACCCCAGUCCCUGGAGGAGUGGGGCCUAUGACUGUUGUCAUGCUGAUGGAGAAUACAGUCCAGAGUGCUAAGCAUUUUCUGCAGAUGUACACAGGGAAGUGGAAGAUUUCCUACAGAAAAGCCAAACCUCUGAAACCUCAGCCAAGUGAUUUCCAGAUCUCUCACUCGUGCCAGAGAAAACCUAUAGCUCAACUAGCCAAAGAAGUGGGUCUCUUCUCAAACGAGGUGGAGCCCUAUGGCAGGAGCAGGGCGAAGGUCCGAGUGGACGUCUUAAAACGCCUGAAGAAACAGCCUGAUGGGAAACAUGUGGUGGUCACUGGAAUUACACCUACUGUGCUUGGUGAAGGCCGGAGAACCAUCACUUUUGGGUUGGCACAAGCUUUAGGAGCCCAUCUGAAUAUCAAUGCUUUUGCCUGCUUGCAGCAACCCUCCCCAAAAUCAAGUUUUGAUCUCAGGGGUGGUGUUGUUGGAGGUGGAUAUUCUCAGAUCAUUCCCGCAGGGGAGGUCAGUCUUCAGUCCACAGGAGAUAUUGAGGCUGUUUCUGCUGCAUGCGACCUCGUCAUAGACACCAUCAAAGCAUACGCCCACUACCAGACUAAAUACUCAGAUAAGGUUUUAUUUGACCUACUGGUGCCAAUCAGAGACGGUCAUCAAACCUUCUCAGCAUCUCAGAUCAAUAGAUUAAAGAGACUAGACAUCGAGACAUCUGAUCCCUUAACCCUGACUGAAGAAGAGAUGAGGCGUUUUGUCCGAUUGGAUGUUAACCCAGACUCCAUGCAGGAUGCUAACUUCCUGAAGGAUGAAAUCAUGGCUAUACUGUCUCUGAGCAGCAGUGCAGAUGACCUGAAACACAGGCUGGCCAGGAUGGUGGUUGCUGCCAGCAGAUCUGAAGAGCCCAUCACCACUGAGGACCUGGGUGUUAGUGAUGCCUUAGCCCUGCUGUUGAACAAUGCUCUGAAACCCUGUCUGAUGCAAACGUUGGAGGGGACUCCAGUAUUUGUUCACAGUAGUUCAUGUGCUGAUUUCACCCUGGGCAGUGCAUCCGUCAUGGCAAGCAAAAUAGCUCUAAAACUGGUGGGCCCACAGGGCUUUGUUGUCACAGAGACUGCACAUGGUGCUGACGCCAGCUUGGAGAAAUUCCUCAACAUCAAGUGCCGCUCUUCAGGCCUGCAGCCAAAUGUGGUGGUGCUAGUGGCCACGGUCCGCGCCCUCAAAAUGCACGGGGGUGCCCCACGGGUCACAGCAGGCUUUCCCUUACCUAAAGAGUAUUCAGAAGAGAAUCUGAAGCUGCUGGAGAAAGGCUGUGCUCACCUAAAGAGACAAGUUGAGAAUGCCAGAGAAUAUGGUUUGCCUGUGGUGGUGGCUGUCAACGCCUUCAGUUCUGACAGAAAGGCAGAGCUGGAUCUGGUGUGUAGUCAGGCGAGACAGGCUGGGGUGUUUGAUGCAGUGCUGUGCACUAACUGGUCUGAUGGGGGCGCUGGAGCACUGGACCUGGCAAAGACUGUUCAGAGGGCAGCAGAGCUACCCAGCCCAUUUCAUUACCUCUAUGACCUGCAGUUGCCGGUUGAACAGAAGAUUGAGAAAGUGGCACAGCAGACAUAUGGUGCUAAAGAUGUGAAGCUCUCACCAAAAGCCAAAGAGAAGCUAGCACUUUACAUGAAGCAGCAGGGCUUAGCUAACUAUCCAGUUAGCUUAGCUAAGACCCACUUAUCCUUAAACAAUGAUCCCAAGUUUAAGGGGGAGCCCACAGACUUCACCUUGCCAAUCUCAGACGUCCAAGCCUAUGUGGGAGCUGGCUUUCUGUCCCUUCUUGUAGACAGGAGAAAUGACUGUACUGAAGAUGAAGAUCCCAUGUGGCCCUGUUUUCAUGGCAACAAUGACCUGUAUAGUAACAGCAAGUAGCUUCAUUUUAUGAGGAUGAUACCAACACUGGGAGGGUGAAGGCUGCCAUGUGCUUUACAAUCCUUUCCAACUACUGCUAAUGCAAUUUCGUCAGACAACUCUGAGAAGUGCUUUGGAGAAGAAUGCUAACUGCUAAUUUUGUGACACCAGCUAACAGGCAGCUGUUAUGGCUAAUAUUGAGCUGAGAGAUGGGGAAUGGAAGGGUCAUCCUUCUUACUUGAAGAAAAAAAGAUUGUUUGUACUUUCUUGGACUUCUACCAGGGAUCAGACACUUUAUUAGAUCAGAGUUUCAGACGUUGUAAAGCAGCCACUGCUAUUCUGAGGGCCCUGUCUUACACCUUGCACAAGGCAUGUUUCGAUGCUCAUUGCUGUCUCACACCCUGUCAGUAAUCUAUUUUUAUGCCUUGCACCUGCACCAUUUAAAUAGCAACAGAGCUUAUGAAUAUAUCUACACUGAUGGGCGUAGUGGUCUCGAAAUAAGAUGUGUUCAGGUAAAUGUCUGGUGUAUUGCUAUCUUGGCAACGGAAAACACAGGUGUGCCAUUUGAACCUAGACAACAGACAUUCAUUGUUAUCUUGGCAACACAGGCACGCUGCACAUGUUCAACGCGCAUACACCCCAAUCAUGAGACACACAUACACAAGGACCCAGCAGUGCACAAACUUUACUACAACAAUAAACAAAAUACUAAAUACAAUAACCCCAAAAAUCUCCAAAAUUACCUGCUCACCAACGUCCACAGCGUGAAUGUGCAGGUCAGUUUCCCCUGCUGAGAAGCGCAUAAUUUCUGCACUAUUUAAAUUCCGACGCUCUAUUAGUACCUUCUGUGUGUUUUGAGCCACUCAAGGCAUAUUUUUCCCAUUGUUACGAUAGCAAAGACACACUGACACACCCUAAACCAAGCUAUGCGGUGUGAAUGACAGCUCGCUGAAAGAUCACUAAAAUAGAAUGAAUGUUUUAUGCUAUUCCAUUAGAUUUAAAAAUGAUGUACUGCCAUGUCAAAGUUAUGGUCAGUAAGGUUGGACCUAAAGUCACCAAAAGGCUGCCAAUAAUUAUAGUUGGCUUGGAUUAAGAUUAUGAUUGGUCCUUCCUGAGUAUGUUGCGUGUUUUACCAGUGAAAUGUGGAGCUGCAGCAGUAGAAAAACGUAUUAUGUAUCAAAUUCACCUGGAGUUUCUUUUGGAGAAGAAUGAGGAGUUGUUAAAAAAUGAGUAUGAAGUGGUGAAUGUUUAAUGAGUUUAGGUAAAAUACUGAAAAUAUUAAAAACAUUAAUCAAACAAUAAUAUUGCUUAUCAGUUCUCAAAAUCUUAAAUUAAUAGUUUACAUGUGAAGAUUGAUGACAGACUAAUUAAUUUCCCUUCAGAUCCCACUGUUUGAUUGCAUAAAAUAUAAACAAUUCUUUUAAUCAGAUUUUAUGCAUAUGGUGGUGUUUUUGCACCAGUAUUUCUAAGAUUAAUUGUUUUCAAAAAUUACGAUAUAUAUUACCUUGCUUACAGUAUUAUAAUAUAUUGCAUUAUACUGAUUCAGAACCUGUGUUGUCUUGAUGCAUAUCGUAUCUCCAGGUUCCUGCCUUUACACAGUCCUAGUUGUGAAAGUGUAAGAUUAGACCUGAUGGUGUAAGUCUUACAGUCAAUGUGUGAGAGUUGGCAGCCCUGAGUGACAGCUACAGUAUCCACUCCUACAUGAAUUCUUAUUGUGACCCUCGGUGAAGACUGCAGUCACAGUUGGCUUGAUUGUAUUUCAUGUAUCUUGCCUGUAGCGUUCCAUUUUAAAUUAAAGUUGACAUUUUUUUCAGAGAAAAUUUCA